CGGAAGCAGGACCAACGACGGCCAUUCUUCCUCACUCACACUCACAAUGGCGCCUCGGCUCUGCUCACACUGCAACGUGUCAAAGGCAGUGCUACGGCGGCCCAAGACGGGGCUGCUGGUCUGUCGCCCCUGCUUCUUCUACGUCUUUGAGACGGAGAUCCACCAGACCAUCCUUGAUGCCAACCUCUUCAAGCCGGGGGAAAAGGUGGCAAUUGGAGCUUCCGGCGGCAAAGACUCCACGGUGCUGGCCUACGUCAUGAAGACGCUCAAUGAGCGGUACAACUAUGGUCUCGAUCUCUUCCUCCUCAGCAUUGAUGAGGGGAUCACUGGCUAUCGAGACGACUCGCUGGAAACGGUCAAGCAGAACAGCGAGGAGUAUGGUCUACCGCUAAAGGUGCUAGGCUACAAUGAGCUGUAUGGCUGGACAAUGGAUGACAUUGUCAAGAGCAUCGGCAGGAAGAACAAUUGCACCUUCUGUGGAGUCUUCAGAAGGCAGGCAUUAGACCGAGGAGCAGCAGUGCUCGGUGUGGAUCACAUCGUCACCGGCCACAAUGCUGAUGACAUUGCAGAGACGGUGCUGAUGAACGUCUUGCGGGGCGACAUUUCCCGUCUUUCUAGAUGUACAGAGAUUGUCACACAGUCUGCCGACGCCGAUCCUUCACAAGGCUGUGGUGGUACAGUCAACGAAGAUGGCAGCUCCUCACUCGACUUUCUGGGCAUCAAGAGGUCCAAGCCCUUCAAGUACGCCUAUGAAAAAGAAAUCGUCCUCUAUGCCUACUUCAAGUCGUUGACCUACUUCUCGACGGAAUGCAUCUACUCUCCCAAUGCAUACCGAGGAUACGCCCGUGCCUACCUGAAGGACUUGGAGAGCAUCCGUCCUUCCGCAAUCAUAGACAUCAUUCAUUCAGGAGAGGCACUCAAGGUCGGAUGGAGAGAGGAAGAGAAUAGUCAGGAGAAUGGCGAAGGCAAGCAGAGCAAUUCAACUGCGAGCAAAGGUCAGGCGCGUCAGGUGCAGCAGACCUGCAAGCGAUGCGGCUACAUCACCUCAAAUGAGCUCUGCAAAGCUUGUGUCCUGCUAGAGGGGCUCAACAAGGGUGUGCCCAACUUGGGCAUCAAGAGUAGCGUCAAGGUGGGAGGUGUAAGUGAGAACGACGCUGCUGGUACAGCUGCCAACCGUGUUCAACCUCGACCGACGACGGCAAUGUUGCGGGCUGCCGCCUCAGCAUUUUGAUAUCAGCCUCUCUGCCGUGUAUCCGUCUUACGAUCUUCACUUGUACAAUAUGUCCCAUCAAUGUGAUACCACUUCCUACCAGUCCUCCGAUGCGUGCAGACUGCGAC